CCAACCGUAUAGAGAGAGGGAGGGAGAGAGAGAGAGAGAGAGAGAGAGAGAGAGAGAGACGGAGGGUAGAGAUCCAUUGCAGCAGUAGAGGAACGGAAGUUGCAGAAGACGAAGUCCGAGGAGGGGGAAGAAGAGGAAAGAGAACAGAGGAUGUCGUCUCUCUUGAAGUCGUUUGUCGAUCCGAAGAAGAACUGGCUCGCUGCUCUGCACAUGAAGACCCUUUCCCGGCGCCUCCGCAAGUACGGUCUCAGAUACGAUGAUUUGUAUGAUCCAUACUAUGAUCUGGAUGUGAAAGAGGCACUCAAUAGACUUCCCAGAGAGAUAGUGGAUGCUCGUCACCAGCGCAUCAAGCGCGCCAUGGAUCUCUCUAUGAAGCACGAGUACCUCCCUGAGAAUCUUCAGGCUAUGCAAACUCCGUUUAGGGGCUACCUUAAAGAUAUGCUGGCUCUUGUAAAGAAGGAGCGAGCUGAACGGGAGGCUUUGGGAGCUUUGCCACUUUACCAGCGCACAAUUCCUUAAGCAGACGUACCAUCUUUUUGAGCUGUUGCUGCUGGUCAUAAAUUGAACUCUUGGAGAUGGAUCAGUCUCAAUAUUUUGUAAUGACUUUGGAAUCUUAUGCCCGAUUCAAUAAUCUGGGUACCCAAAAAUAUUCCGGGAAGACUUUGGUAUUAACAAUAUGCUCAUCCGGGUUAGUUUGUUUCACAUAAAUGAAGUUGGGAAGACCGGGAUUCCUCUCCUUUGAUUGAUGAUCUAAUGAAAUUACGGACUGGUGAACA